AUGUGUGGGACAAACAUUGAUCUGCAAACCAGAGGUGGUGGAAGUGUCAACCAGCUAGGAGGAAUGUUUCUCAACGGCAGACCUCUCCCAGAAUCCAAGAGAAGGAAAAUGAUUGAACUUGCCUCGGAAGGAGUCCGUCCGAGUCAGAUCUCCAGGAUACUCCGGGUGUCCAACGGGUGCGUCAGUAAGAUCCUGAGCCGCUACCGGCGCACAGGACUCCUGGAACCAAAGACCAUCGGAGGGAGCCGCCCUCGGCUUCUCACCCCGGGCGUCAUCUCCACGAUCAUCCAGUGCAAAAGGGAAAAUCCAACCAUUUUUGCUUGGGAAAUCCGCAAACUGCUCGCAGCAGCACGAAUCUGCAAGGCCUCCAAAGUUCCCAGCGUGUCGUCUAUAAACAGGAUUUUAAGAAAGAUCCACUUGGACCACGGACCGAUGUGCCUGGAGGUCAACUCUCACAGGGCUGAGCAGGAUUUUUACUCUCUGGUUCAAGAAGAAAUGAGCGAGACGGAGAUCUUUCAGACAGUCUGCAGUAAUGAGCAGAAAUCCAAAGGCGUCCAGCACAGGAACCGCACCUCCUUCACCCCAGAGCAGACCAGAGCACUCGAGCAAGAAUUCUCUCACAGCCAGUACGCUGACAUGUACACAAGAGAGAAGCUGUCUGCUGAAAUUAAACUUCCCGAGGACACCAUCAAGGUGUGGUUUUCAAACAGACGGGCUAAAUGCAGGAGGGAGGCCAAGCAGAAAACAGCUGCAGACUUUCAACAGCAGAGAGAUUUUGUUCCUGUGAAUCCUGCAGCGCUGCACGGCUUCACGUCUCAACAGGUGACAGGAGCGUCAAGAGUCGACUGUGAAAACGUCUCUUUGUACAACGCAGUGACCAGGAGGCUGCAAACUGGCUGCUUCCUCCCAACAGAAACAGGUAUGGGGACUUGUGAAAGUCUGCCAUCCAUCUCCAUCCCACCUCCGUUCCUCCGUCAGCCGAGUGACACGUUGACCCAGAACAUAGAUCCGACUCCGUUGUGCUUCCACAGAGACAGAUUCACUUUCCCCCUGGUUCACCACCACUCAGAAACGAGGACAUCCCUCCCUUUGGCAGCUGAGGCGAUAAGACAGGACGGCCUGCAGUGGAACCAGCAGCCUUUUAUUUGGACCAAUGAGAGGUUUCUGUUCACCCAGGAUCCAUAUCGCUAUCUGGACUGA